UAUUUAAUAUUAGGCAAGAUGCUCGGCAAGGUACAGUGUUAAAGUGACCGUUACUGAGUGCGCACUUGUAGUGGGUAGUGAUAUAUAGGAGGAACUAAAUUCUUAAGUGCAGUGAAGAAUCGUUAAUUUAUCUGUUUAAUAAAGUUUUGAUUUAACUUCGAUAUAGUAAUCAGCAAGGACUGAAUUCCCUCAAAAUGAGUAGAUUCCAGUUACUAGACAAAAUCCCAAUAGUGUACUGCAAAGAAUAUAAUGUAACAUUUUGUGGGUUGCAAUGCUUGCAUCCUUAUGAUGCAGAACGGGGGCAACAUAUUUUAGAACUUCUUCUGAGUGCCGAGAUUUGUGAUGAGAAACAUAUAGCACGCCCAUUGGAAAUAACGGAUCAACAGCUUCUUGAAAUCCAUACCGAGGACUAUUUGAACAGCCUCAAAAUAAGCGACCAAGUUGGAAAAAUCGCCGAAAUCCCGCUCCUACAUUUCGUACCAAACAUUUUUGUUCAAGAUGCAUAUUUGAAACCGAUGCGAUUUCAAGUUGGAGGAUCAUUGCUAGCUGCAAAGUUGGCGCUUCGAUAUGGUUGGGCCAUAAAUCUUGGAGGUGGAUUCCAUCACUGCAGCUCAGACCAGAGUGGAUCCUUCUCUCCAUUUGCCGAUAUAUCACUCGUGGUUCAAUAUCUCCUGGAUGAAUCCAAAAAGGUUUCUAGCGUCUUAAUUGUUGACUUAGCCGCACGACAAGGAAACGGAUUUGAAAGAGAUUUAAUGGAUAAAAAGAAUGUUUACAUAUUCGAUAUGUUCAACAGUACUAUAUAUCCUGGAGAUGAAUUUGCUAAGGUUGCGAUAACUCGAAGGGUUGAACUACCGUCGAGAACCAGUGAUGAAGUAUAUCUAAGAAAAUUAAGAAUAAAUUUGGCUGCUGUUCUCAAAGAGUUUCGUCCUGACGCAAUUGUAUACAAUGCCGGAACCGAUGUUUUAGAUGGGGAUUCUUUAGGAGAGCUGUCAAUUAGUCCUGAAGGGAUCAUUCAAAGGGACGAAUACGUUUUCAGCAAAGCAUAUGCAUAUAAAAUUCCCAUCGUAAUGCUCUUAGGAACAGGAUUUACGAAAAAUGUGUCAGAGAUUAUAUCCACAUCGAUAUUGAAUCUGAAGGAAAAAGGAUACUUACCCUCGAAAUUAUGGUCAAAAUAAACUAAAAUCUAAUUAUAAUGUAAAUGCUCGAUUGUAGCAUUUUCUGGUUAUGAUAAAUUAUUUUUGUGUAUAUAUCGAAA